CCGCCCCCGCUGCAUGAAUGAGAGGCGCGGCGACCGCCCCUCCCCCGCCGGGCCCGCCCCUUGUCGGGGGCCGCCGCGCGCAGUUGGCCGUCGCCACCUCAGCCGCGCUGGGUCCGGACAAACGCUCGCCGCCCUCAGCCUUCCUCCUGCCUCCCGGCGCUGACGGUCCCACACACCCGCCGCCGCAGCCGGCGCGCCCGAUUCAUCCAUGAGCUCGGAUUUCCCACAUUACAACUUCAGGAUGCCUAAUAUUGGAUUCCAGAAUCUGCCUCUCAACAUAUAUAUUGUGGUUUUUGGCACUGCUAUAUUUGUCUUCAUCCUCAGUUUACUCUUCUGUUGCUACUUGAUUAGGCUAAGACAUCAAGCACACAAAGAAUUUUAUGCCUACAAACAGGUUAUAUUAAAAGAGAAAGUAAAAGAACUGAAUUUACAUGAGCUCUGUGCAGUGUGUCUAGAAGACUUCAAGCCUCGAGAUGAGUUGGGCAUUUGUCCAUGUAAGCAUGCCUUCCACAGAAAGUGCCUUAUUAAGUGGCUGGAGGUUCGGAAGGUGUGUCCACUGUGCAACAUGCCAGUUCUGCAGCUGGCCCAGCUGCACAGUAAGCAGGACCGUGGUCCCCCACAGGGGCCCCUGCCCGGGGCAGAGAACAUUGUAUAGCUCCCCCAAGGAUCAAACUGCUGCGGGAUCCAACGUCCAUGUGGAGCCAGGAGGAACACAGGUGGUCUCUGUGUUGGCUGCUCUACCUGGGGCACCAGCUACCACUUCCUUUGCCUCGUGAAGAACUCGGGCCAGCUAAGCUGGAAACCCAGACUUCUGGGUCUUGUGACAACCAAAGCACGCUGACACUACCCCAUGCCAAGAGAAGAGGAGUGGAUGAAGGAUGAGCCCUCCAGUUAUUUUCAAGAAAUGUCAUGAGGGUCUCUUGCUGACGCCAUUACUCUGUCUCCCAGAUACUUAUCUCCAUGUCAAGGUGAAUCUUUAUCAAGCAGAAGGGAAGAUAAACAGAAAUGUUAGAGAAGGGAACUGAGGGCAGGUCUUUAAAGCCACCCCCGCCCCCUACCCUGUGGACAGAUGAGCUUCUAUGCAGACCGUGCAUGCCUUUGCAGCAGCAGACCCUCCCGGCAGCCCCUGAGCCAA